CUCGAAGAAGGCUCCAUCACCCCAGAUGCCCUCUGGGACCACUUGCAAGUUCGUCAGUGUCCAGGAAAAGGUAUCUCCUUUUACAACCAUGGAAAAGAUGACCUGAUGUCACAGCUGGCUCCUGAUUGGGAUAGGAAUGACUUCGUAGGGGACUCGGUGCCUAAAUUAGGCAGGCCAGUUUCCUCAUCAGAGUGACAGAAACAGGGGCUCCUAAAAGUCUGGCCCAUUUCCUUCGGGAAUGAAACCCACGACCUUCAGUUCCUCAGAGAAGUGAAAGUAGCAGCAGGGAAUCCAGUAAUUCCUGUUAUCUGUGGGUCUUAUAUAUAAGUCAGCCGAGCUUGAGGAAGUGACCUGAGGAGGUGGCUGGGAGCCCGUGCUGCGCACAGUGCUGUCCUCACACUGUGCACUGAGCCCAGGAGCAGCAACAGGAUGUCUCGACUGCUGGCCACCCUGCUCCUCCUCUUCUCCAUCAACAGCGCCCUGGCCCUCAGGAUCUGCUCCUUCAACGUGAGGUCCUUUGGGGAAAGCAAGAUGGAAAACCAGAAGGCCAUGGAUGUCAUUGUGAAGGUCAUCAAACGCUGUGACAUCAUACUUGUGAUGGAAAUCAAGGACAGCUACAACAUGCUCUGUCCCAGGCUGAUGGAGAAGCUGAAUGGAAAUUCAAGAAGCACAACAUACAACUAUGUGAUUAGCUCUCGGCUUGGAAGAAGGACAUAUAAAGAACAGUAUGCCUUUCUCUACAAGGAAAAGUUAGUAUCUGUGAAGGGAAGCUACCUCUACCAUGACUAUCAGGCUGGUGAUGCAGAUGUAUUUUCCAGGGAACCCUUUGUGGUCUGGUUCCAGGCACCCCAAACUGCUGUCAAGGACUUCGUGAUUAUCCCCCUGCACACCACGCCCGAGACAUCCGUUAAAGAGAUUGAUGAGCUGGCCGAUGUCUACAUGGAUGCGAAACACCGUUGGAAGGCAGAGAAUUUCAUUUUCAUGGGUGACUUCAACGCAGGCUGCAACUAUGUCUCCAAGAAGGCCUGGAAUAACAUCCGCCUGAGGACCGACCCCAAGUUCAUUUGGCUGAUCGGGGACCAAGAGGACACCACUGUCAAGAUGAGCACCAACUGUGCAUAUGACAGGAUUGUGCUGAGAGGACAAGAGAUCGUCAGCUCUGUUGUGCCCAAAUCAAGUGGCAUCUUUGACUUCCAGAAAGCUUAUAAGUUAACUGAAGAGGAGGCCCUGGAAGUCAGUGACCACUUUCCAGUUGAAUUUAAACUACAAUCUUCAAAGGUCUUCACCAACAGCAAAAAAUCUGUCUUUUCAAGGAAGAAAAGCAAGGCCCGCCGCACCUAGAUACAAGGGCACCAUUUUGUUAACCAUUCUCACCUCUAAGUAAAAUAGCUCUAACAGUUUUGAACUGCUCCCUGCAUCCAAGAAACAAGACUGGUCCCACCACUUUCAUUUCUCAACUUGAGCCAAAUUGGGAGGAGAGCCUUCUAUUAUCCCACAUGGGCUUGUACCUCCCCCGAAACUCCCAAAAGGAAACUGGGGCCUUUGCAGUCCGAAAGGAGGGUCUUCACAUCCUGAGCUAGAGGCCCACCCCCUGUCAUGACCAAUACUCAGCUCCCAUGGAGAAGUUGCAGGAGAGGGAAGAACAUCAGUUUUCAGUCUUCACGAGGGAUCCUGUCCCGUGGGAAGUGACCAGAAAUGCCAAGGCCCCAACAGAACCCCAUGAUUUGGGCAAUUUACUGUUUGGGGAACCUGGCUGUUGUCUGAGGUCAUGCCACCAUGACAUCUCACAGGAAGGAAGGAUGAAGGCCUCUCCCACCUGGUCACCUGCCUCUGAAUUGUCCUCCAACUCAGCCAGCCCAGGAACCACUGGUGUCAUUCUUUAAAAUUUUAUUCUGACCACAGGCCACCCUCAUUCCUACCCCUGCUUAUAAACCCCAUCACCACUUGGAGAGAGCCCAGAGAUUUUGCAUACCUGCGAAGGUCUCUAUAUCUGGCAUAUCAUGUCAGACUCAUCCACGUCCCAACUUGCGCUCCUUGCCCAGCAGGACUGCCUCUUCCCUGCACCCACGUGCCCUGUCCCAUCCACGAGACUCGAGGAUUUUAUUAUAUUUCUGUGACCAAAGAGUUGCAGAGGGGUCUAGCAGCAUGGCAACAUGUUACCUGUGUCCUGUAUGGUGACCACUUCUGUUUGGUUUCCCUUAUAUUAUUUCUUUGUUCAAGCAGUAUGUGAACAUGGCUAACUACGCGAGCAGCACCAGAGAAUGAGCAGGGACAAGGAACCCCGACCCCAGCCCCUUCCUUCCUGUCUCAGAAGCGACCCCUCUUUCCAGCUUAUGUGUUCUUCCAGAUUCUGUACAUAAAUAAGCACCAUAUGUAACCAUGAAAAAUAUAGAAAAUAGCAUACUAUG